AUGCAGGGUGUUUCCGCAGGACUGCAUUCUGGUGCCUUCUACGUCUCCCGGUCCGAGCUUCUCGGCUGGCUUAACGAGACCCUCGACCUGUCAUACCAGAAGAUCGAGGAGGUUUCGAACGGCGCUGCGUUCUGCCAGCUGUGCGACAUGCUCUUCCCGGGCACUGUGCCGAUGAGCAAGGUCAACUUCUCGGCCAAGUACGAGUAUGACAAGCUCAAGAACUACAAGGUUCUGCAGUCUGUGUUUGAGAAGAACAACGUGCCCAAGGUGGUCGACGCGCACAAGCUCGUCAAGGGCAAGCCGAUGGACAACCUCGAGUUCUUCCAGUGGUUCAAGCACUUUUUCGACGCCAACUACGCGGCCAACGCCGACGAGUACAAGGCUCUCGCCCGUCGCAAGGGCCAGGCCAACGCCAAGGCGCGGUCGUCGAGCAGGGCGCCCGGCGCGUCGGGCUCGCGCUCGCGCUCGCGGCCGCGCCCGGGCCAGGCACCGGGCUCGUCGGCCCGCCGGUCGGCAACUCGCAACGAGAACGCUCCGCCGCCGUCGACGGGCGCCAAGGGCAUCUCAGCUGCAGCCAUGAAGGCCAAGAUCGACGAGGUCAAGGCUGCGCUCGAGGCCAAGCACGCCGCUGAGAUCGAGGCGCUCAAGGAGCAGCUCCGCGACAUUGAGAUCCUUGCCGAGGCCCACGAAGACGAGGACAUCCCGUUCCUUAAGCAGGUCCAGGAUCUGCUGUACAAGUCCGACGACUCGGACGACGAAGGCGCCGACGAUGUUGAGGACGAGGCGGUCGAGGCCUAA